UAACCUUUUUUAUUUACCAAGUAUUUGUGAUUUUAAGGUGGAAACACCCGCGUUGCAUCUUUCACCUCCAUAGUUUCACAUACACAUGGGUUAUGGCUACUCAACACUGCGUGUUUGCAUGGUGCAAGUGAGGUUCCAAUGCACCAGCACCGGAGCAAUUUCACGUUACGCACGUAUCGGUCAAAUCGAGAAUGCUCGUAAGGUGUUCGACGAAACGCCUCACAUACACAGAACCACCUCUUCAUGGAACGCCAUGGUUGCCGCGUACUUUCAAGCCCACCAGCCCCAUCAGGCCGUUACUCUCUUCGAGACAACGCCCGAGAAGAACAUCGUCUCAUGGAACGGCAUGGUUUCCGGGUUUGUGAAGAACGGGAUGGUUGCCGAAGCGCGGAGGGUGUUCGAUGCAAUGCCUGUACGUAAUGUUGUUUCGUGGACUUCGAUGGUUCGCGGUUACGUGCAGGAGGGGAAUGUGGAGGAGGCGGAACGGCUCUUCUGGCGGAUGCCGGAGAAGAAUGUGGUGUCGUGGACUGUGAUGCUUGGUGGGUUGUUGAAGGAUUCGCGAGUUGAGGAUGCGCGCAAGCUGUUUGAUAUGAUGCCUGUGAAGGAUGUUGUGGCCGUGACGAAUAUGAUUGGAGGGUAUUGUGAGGAGGGUCGUUUGGAGGAAGCGCGUGCUCUGUUUGAUGAGAUGCCGAAGAGAAAUGUGGUUACUUGGACUACUAUGGUAUCUGGGUAUGCGCGGAAUAGGAGGGUGGAUGUGGCAAGGAAGCUUUUUGAAGUGAUGCCGGAGAGAAAUGAGGUUUCUUGGACUGCUAUGCUUAUGGGGUAUACUCACAGUGGGAGGAUGAGGGAGGCUUCAGAGUUUUUCGAUGCAAUGCCGGUGAAGCCCGUUGUUGCUUGUAAUGAGAUGAUUAUGGGUUUUGGAUUUGAUGGAGACGUGGAUAGAGCUAAGGCGGUGUUUGAGAAAAUGAGGGAGAGGGAUGAUGGAACUUGGAGCGCCAUGAUUAAGGUGUACGAAAGAAAAGGGUUUGAGUUGGAAGCCCUUGGUUUGUUUGCUCGGAUGCAAAGAGAAGGGGCUGCACUAAAUUUCCCUUCCUUGAUCAGUGUUCUUUCUGUGUGUGCCAGUUUAGCCAGUCUUGAUCAUGGAAGGCAGGUUCAUGCCCGGUUAGUGAGAUCUGAAUUUGAUCAAGAUUUAUAUGUUGCCUCGGCCUUGAUUACAAUGUAUGUUAAGUGCGGUGAUCUUGUAAGAGCAAAAUGGAUUUUUAAUAGGUAUCCUUUAAAGGAUGUUGUUAUGUGGAAUUCUAUGAUUACGGGGUAUUCCCAACAUGGUUUGGGAGAGGAAGCUUUAAAUGUUUUCCGUGAUAUGUGCUUAUCUGGGGUUCCACCCGAUGAUAUUUCCUUCAUUGGAGUUCUUUCAGCCUGUAGCUACAGUGGCAAGGUCAAAGAAGGGCGUGAAAUAUUCGAAUCUAUGAAAUGCAAAUAUCAAGUGGAGCCAGGAAUUGAACACUAUGCGUGCAUGGUUGAUUUGCUUGGACGAGCUGGCCAGGUGAAUGAUGCAGUGGAAAUAGUAGAAAAGAUGCCAAUGGAACCAGAUGCUAUUGUUUGGGGUUCAUUGUUAGGUGCCUGCAGAACCCAUAUGAAGCUGGAUUUGGCUGAAGUUGCAGUUGAGAAACUUGCACAGCUAGAGCCCAAGAAUGCUGGGCCUUAUGUCUUGCUCUCACAUAUGUAUGCAUCCAAAGGAAGAUGGGAGGAUGUUGAAGUCGUUAGGGAAAAAAUAAAAACUAGGAGUGUUAUCAAAUUGCCAGGGUACAGUUGGAUUGAGGUGGAGAAGAAGGCACAUAUGUUCGUUGGGGGAGACAAUAAUUGCCACCCCGAGCAGCCUAUUAUUAUGAAAAUGUUGGAGAGGUUAGAUGGAUUGUUAAGGGAUGCUGGGUACAGUCCUGAUCAUAGUUUUGUGCUUCAUGACGUGGAGGAGGAAGAGAAGACACAUAGCUUGGGUUAUCAUAGUGAAAAACUUGCUAUAGCAUAUGGACUCCUAAAAGUGCCUGAAGGGAUGCCAAUUAGAGUUAUGAAAAAUUUGCGGGUUUGUGGUGAUUGUCAUUCUGCAAUCAAAUUGAUUGCAAAAGUUACUGGAAGGGAGAUCAUUGUGAGGGAUGCCAAUAGAUUUCAUCAUUUUAAAGAUGGUUAUUGUUCUUGUAAGGACUAUUGGUAAUUCCUUGAAACAAUCACGUAUGGCCACAGAUUUGAAAAAACUAUUGGCAAUUCGGAAUAGAGGGUUGCUUAUCCAUUCCCUGAGCAUGAUGGGCUGGGAUACCUGUAAUUUGACAGGCUUUAUGGAAGAAUCAAACUGAAGUCCUUAAUACAUUUGACUUUCACAUACAAGUUACACAAUUCCUUAAACAUUUGCAUAAAAAUAGAUGGAUUAAAAGCAUUCACUUCAAAGGAACUGGCACUUGAUACCAAGUACUGACAAUUUUAGUUGCUCAACUCAACUAAAGCUAUCCAAGGAGGUUAGGGAAAGGUUUGUAUGGGUAUGCAGUGACCCAGAUACCAGCUGUGUUUCUGAAGCUUUUGAUCAGGAUGCACCGAUGCAACCUAUAUCUCAUGCAUACAUGCUCAACUGCCCGAGGAGUGCUAAUGAAGCUGCUAAUUGUCUUGCCGGUUUGGGAACGGAUCAAAUAAUGUGCCUUCAUUCGUUGGGAGUCGCCUUCUCCUCAUUUUAUUUUCAUCUUGCUAAUCUUAGCUUUUUUGUUUUUUCUUGUAAUUUUUCCGAUGUACUAAAAUAAAAGCUUACGUGCUCACAAAUAAUUAAAUAAAUUUUAAUUUUUAUAUAU